ACUUGACAAUCUGACCUAGAUCUGGAACAACACAACUUUCAGCAAUUACCCCUGUUGAUGUGUCACUGUGGUUGAGUUUUUGAUUCUCUUGGAGGUAGAGCAGAGAUUCCUUGUUUCUGUGUGGCUGAAUCCUGCGGAGUAACUGUGACAGCGUUGGCUGGGGCGCACGUGGCGCCACUAUGAACGUCACCUCUCUCUUCUCCUUUACCAGCCCGGCAGUCAAGCGACUGCUGGGCUGGAAGCAAGGCGAUGAAGAAGAGAAGUGGGCAGAGAAGGCGGUGGAUGCUCUGGUCAAGAAGCUGAAGAAGAAGAAGGGUGCUAUGGAGGAGCUGGAGAGGGCACUCAGCUGCCCCGGUCAGCCAAGCAACUGUGUCACUAUCCCCCGCUCGCUGGACGGAAGGCUCCAGGUGUCACACCGGAAAGGGCUGCCUCACGUCAUCUACUGCCGCGUAUGGCGUUGGCCUGACCUACAGUCACACCAUGAGCUCAAUGCCCUGGAGUGCUGUGAGUUCCCCUUUGGAUCUAAGCAGAAAGAUGUGUGCAUCAAUCCCUACCACUACAAGAGGGUGGACAGUCCAGAAACCCCUCCAUCUGCUUAUAUACCCCCAGAGGAGCCAAUGACACAGGACUGUCCCCAGCCAAUGGACACUAACCUGCUAGCUCAGAACUUGCCAUUGGAGCUCAGCAACCAACCAGAUGUUCAGCCUGUGGCAUAUGCGGAACCCAAACACUGGUGCUCCAUUGUGUACUAUGAGCUGAAUAAUCGUGUGGGAGAGGCUUUCCAGGCCUCCUCAACCAGUGUACUGGUGGACGGCUUUACCGACCCCUCCAACAACCGUAACCGUUUCUGCCUCGGUCUGCUGUCGAAUGUCAAUCGCAACUCGACCAUUGAGAACACUCGACGCCACAUCGGAAAAGGAGUCCAUUUGUACUAUGUGGGAGGGGAGGUAUACGCUGAAUGUUUGAGCGACAGCAGUAUCUUUGUCCAGAGUCGCAACUGCAACUAUCACCAUGGUUUCCACCCCACCACUGUAUGCAAGAUUCCCAGUCUCUGCGGCCUAAAGAUCUUCAACAACCAGGAGUUUGCUGAGCUCUUGGCACAGUCCGUCAGUCACGGUUUUGAAGCCGUCUAUGAACUCACCAAGAUGUGCACCAUCCGCAUGAGCUUUGUAAAGGGUUGGGGUGCAGAGUAUCAUCGACAGGAUGUGACAAGCACCCCAUGCUGGAUUGAGAUUCAUCUUCACGGGCCCCUGCAGUGGCUGGAUAGAGUCCUAACCCAGAUGGGCUCUCCUCACAACCCCAUUUCCUCCGUGUCCUAGACAGAGCUGACCAUAAGGCAACUGCAGAUGUCUGGGUUCCUGUGCAGAAGCUGAUUGGUUGAAGGGAGCGGUGGUGGGUGGGAGGAGGGUGGGGUUUGUAUUCUACUUGA